UUGAUAAAUAUACCCACAAAAGGCAAAAUGGCAGCUAGAAACACAGGGAUGGAAUUUGAUUCUAGCCUGGUGGAGAAUGUACAUAUUAACCUUGCUGCUAUCAAAAGACGUGCAGAGACAUUAGGGACCAGGAGGUGUGUCAAGAAACAGUGGCAGGCUGCCUGGCUACUUCGUGCUGUAACAUGUAUAGAUUUGACGACACUUGCGGGUGAUGACACAGAAAGUAACGUGAGCAGACUCUGUUUUAAAGCCAAACAACCAAUCAGACAUGACCUUAUCCAAGCCUUGAAACUUGGCGAUUUAGAGAUCAACUGUGGUGCAGUUUGCGUUUACCCAAACAGGGUGGCAGAUUGCGCUAAAUACCUCAAACGUGCAGGGGCCUCACAUAUACCUAUAGCAUCAGUUGCAACUGGGUUCCCCACAGGGCAGACACCCCUGAAAACCAGACUUGAGGAGAUCCGCCUCGCUGUAUCGGAAGGAGCCUCCGAGAUUGACAUAGUCAUCAACAGAACACUAGCAUUAGGAGGGGACUGGAAAGGUGUUUAUGAGGAAGUAAAGUUGAUGAAAGAGGCAUGUGGUGAGGCUCAUUUGAAGACAAUCUUGGCUGUGGGAGAAUUAGGUACACUUGCUAAUGUACGGAAAGCAAGCAUGGCGUGUAUGAUGGCAGGUGCUGAUUUUAUAAAGACCUCAACUGGCAAGGAAGGUGUGAACGCCAACUUUGUGGUGGCUCUAGUCAUGGUUCGUGCAAUCCGGGAUUACUUCCAACUAACUGGAUUUAAAGUGGGUUUCAAGCCAGCUGGAGGAAUCAGAAGUGCUAAAGACGCCUGCACGUGGUUGUCUCUAAUGAAGGAAGAACUAGGGGAAGAAUGGAUGAAAAAUGAUCUGUUCAGACUUGGCGCGAGUUCUCUCCUCGGUGAUAUUGAACGCCAGAUCUUCCAUUACGUCACGGGGAGAUACGCUGCAGCCCACGAGUUGCCUAUGGCGUAA